AUGGCGAAGAUUGAACAAGACAAUCGUAUCCUCGCCGAACUGGAGCAUCCUCCACGUGCCCUGACAACUGUCACGUCGCAGCACCAGCAGCAGCAGCUAUCAGCCAUGACAUCGCAGCAGAUGGCACAGCAGCUGUCACAUAGUUCUAGUGGUCAUGCUCUAGCAGAUAUGAUCGCUAUGUCUUCAGGUUCACCUUUGCCGUCCAGAGCCGCUAUGGGUGUUAGCGGUUUAUCAGGAACUGUUUCGGGAACCGUAACGGGAGCAGGACCAGGACAACCUCUUUGUCAGAGCAGCACCAUGCCCGUACUGUCAUCUGCACAUAACUCUUAUGGAUGUCCACCUCCAGGAUCUGCCUCCUAUUCUCUGGGUCUCUCAGGUGGUCCAGUGCCACACAGUUCGGCCGCUUACUCUUACCCAACCACUAUGACGGGCCUCAUGGGCAUAGGUUCAUCAUCUUUAGGUUACGGUGCAUCUUCGGCUCUGACGCAGUCUUUAGUAGGCGCAGCUAACAGUUCUGCUCCAAGCGCUCUUACAGGCGGAGUUGGUUCAUAUUACAGCACUGUAUAUACGUCGGGUGCGCAGCAGACGCAACCGUCAUCGCUGCUGCCGCAGACUCUUACCGCGCAGGCAUCAUCCAUGAACGUUAAGCUGAAACCGCUGGAGGAGAUGGAACUUGGUGUUUCGAGAUAUGCUACUGGUCAAAGUGUUGAGGGUGCAGAAGGCGAGUUGGCGCUGUGUGCUGGAGAUUAUCUUUUGGUCUGGGGUCAUGGUGAACCUACUGGAGGAUACCUUGAUGGAGAAUUAUUAGAUGGCAGACGAGGACUUGUACCGGCACACUUUGUGCAGAGAUUAAUAGGUGACGACUUACUAGAAUUCCACCAAGCAGUAGUUUCGACCCUGCGCGAAGCAGAUGACGCCCCAUGCGAACCUGCUCCUCUGCCUCCUUUGCCGCCACUUUCACAAUGUCCACCACUGCCAAGUGCUGGACUUGGCACCUCAGUGGUCCCUCAACUGCCGCCUUGCGAUAUUACAGGAAGACAUCCAGUCGCCGGGCUGGACCAGACGCACAUGCCUACCGACCCUGCUGCAUCAGGAGCUCAAGAUCAGGACGAACUAGAUACAG